UCUACCAGGAAAUAAACUCUUCAGGGAAAUUCCUAUCUGAGGCUGCAAGCUCGGGGAACUCAGCUCUCUGCAGCUCAACUCCCCUUGAACCCCUCCAGAAGGCAAGUCUAAAGAUAUUUUCAACAGGAUUCAGAGGACAAAAUGGCAGCCGAAUCGAUCAUCCGGAUCCCUCCGUACCAUUACACCCAUGUCUUGGACCAGAAUACGAAUGUGACUCGCGUGGAGGUGGGACCCAAGACCUACAUCCGCCAGGACAAUGAGAGGAUCAUAUUUCCUCCUGCGAAGAUGGUGAUGGUUCCCCCACGCUUCUACUGUAUUGUCCGCAAUCCAGUGGUUCGUGGAGUAGAUGCUGUGGUCCAGCUCGAUGCUGUGGGCCAGGUGCGGCUCAGACAUGCUGACCUAGAGAUCAGAUUGGCUCAGGACCCUUUCCCUCUGUACCCAGGGGAGGAGCUAGAUCAGGUUGUUACACCUCUGCAGGUUGUCUUAGCUAAUACUGCUCUCCAUCUGAAAGCCCUGUUGGACUUUGAGGAUGAACAGGGUGGCAAAUACGUUGCUGGAGACGAAUGGCUAUUUGAAGGGCCUGGCACCUACAUCCCACGAAAAGAGGUCGAAGUUGUGGAGACUUUCCAGGCAACCAUAAUCCGGCCCAACCAAGCCAUAAGACUUCAGGCACGGAAAGAGUGCAAGGACAGAGAGGGGAAUAAACGUGUGACAGGUGAGGAGUGGCUGGUGAAGCGGGUUGGAGCUUACCUGCCAGGUGUAUUUGAGGAAGUGGUCGAUACCGUGGAUGCCUUUGUCUUGACUGAAAAGAAAGCGUUGCAUCUCCAGGCCCUCAAGACGUUCCGGGACUCCCAGGGCGUCACAAGGAAGACGGGUGAAGAGUGGCUAAUCACCAUGGCUGAUACCGAGGCUCACAUCCCUGACGUUUACGAGGAAGUCAUGGGGGUCAUCGACAUUACUACCCUGAACAGUUGCCAGUACUGUGUGGUUUGUGACCCGGUGGAUUCAGAUGGGAAGCCCCAACUUGGGAAGAAGAAAGUGAUCCAGGGGGAGAUAUCCUUCUUCUUGCGGCCUGGAGAGCAACUGGAGCAAGGGAUCCAAGACAUGUAUAUCCUUUCAGAAGAAGAUGGCCUCUUGUUACGUGCCCUGCGUCCCUUUGAGGAUGUGAAUGAGGAUGGGGAGGACAUUUUACGAAAGCCGGGUGACCGUUGGCUGAUCCAGGGGCCCCUGGAGUAUGUGCCGCCUGCGGAGGUGACAGUACUGGAGCAUCGCCAUUCUAUCCCACUGGCUGAGAACGAGGGCAUUUACGUGCGGGACAUCAAGACGGGAAAGGUCCGAGCUGUGAUCGGCCACACUUACAUGCUGUCUCAGGAUGAGGAGCUGUGGGAGAAGGAGCUGCCCGCUCAUGUGGAGGCUUUGUUGACCAUAGGAAGAGACCCUGUGGUUGAUCGUUCCAGGGAGUGCACUGAAGUGAACAAUGAGGUGUACCGUGACAAGACACGGGCUGUGUCCUACCGUGUCCCCCACAAUGCAGCUGUGCAAGUCUACGAUUACAAAGAGCGUAAAUCCAGGGUGGUUUUUGGUCCGGAGCUUGUACUUCUGGGACCAGAUGAGCAGUUCACAGUGCUGAGCCUGUCUGGGGGUCGACCCAAGCGCCCCCAUUCCCGCCGUGCCCUCUGCCUCCUCCUUGGUCCUGACUUCUUCACUGACAUCGUCACCAUUGAAACAGCCGAUCAUGCCCGCCUGCAACUCCAGCUGGCCUACAAUUGGCACUUUGAGAUCCCUGCUCCUGCUGAAACAUCCCGCCUGUUUAGUGUCCUGGAUUUUGUAGGUGAUGCCUGCAAGACGUUGGCCUCGCGCAUCCGGGGGGCCGUGGCUGCUGUCACAUUUGAUGACUUCCAUAAGAACUCAAACCGUCUGAUUUGCGCUGCUGUGUUUGGGUUUGACGGGGAAGGGGCGCUGCGCACAUCCUUGCGCUUUGCCCCCAAUGGCCUCGUCAUCAGCAGCAUCGACAUCCAGAGCGUGGAGCCCGUGGACCAGAGGACGCGAGAUUCCCUCCAGCGCAGCGUGCAGCUGGCCAUCGAGAUCACCACCAACUCUCAGGAGGCGGCUGCCCGGCACGAGGCCGAGAGGCUGGAGCAAGAGGCCCGAGGACGUCUGGAGCGGCAGAAAAUCCUUGACCAGGCCGAGGCCGAACGGGCCCGGAAGGAGCUGCUGGAGCUGGAAGCUCUGAGCACGGCAGUCGAGAGCACUGGGGCAGCAAAGGCUGAGGCCCAGUCGAGAGCUGAAGCUGCCCGGAUUGAAGGCGAAGGAGCAGUCCUGCAAGCCAAACUGAAGGCCGAAGCAACUGCCAUUGAGACGGAAUCGGAGCUGCAGCGCCUUGCACAAGCCCGGGAGCAGGAGCUGCGCUUUGCCAAGUCUCAGGCGGACCUGGAUGUGGCCCGGGCCGAGGCUCUGGCUGCUGUGGAAGUGAAGAAAUUUGAGGCUGUGAUCAAGAGCCUGGGAGCCGACACCAUCCGUUCCAUUGCUGUGUCUGGGCCUGAAAUGCAGGCAAAACUGCUCCAGGGCCUGGGAAUCCAAUCCACGCUCAUCACAGAUGGGUCCUCCCCUAUCAACCUCUUUACAGCUGCAGGCGGACUGUUGGGGAUUCUGCCCAAGCCUUCCGAUGCCUGAUAGAUGCUGGAGGCGGAGCCCUUCCUGCUUAGCCUCCUUAAGUGCCUUGGAAAGGACAUGGGCCGGGCUCACACUUCCCCUUCCCCGCAUCUGGGCCUCCUCUGAACAUGUGCCUUGUUAAUCAGUGGUGGAAAAAUGUAUAAUAAACAUUGCACAUCUCUGUUGCA